AUGCGUAAGAUAUCUAAGAGCCGUACUGACGAUGAUGUGGUAUCUUCGACCAAUGGAUCGGUAGUUAAUGAAGAACAACCAGAGGCAGAUCGCAACACUGACCCGGAUGAGAAGGAGGCCGAAACAGAUUCCAAUGAAAACGUUGGUAUAAAUGAAGACGAAUCUACAAGUACAACAAAGUCAAAAGAAUCUCCAAAAAAGGGUAAAGCCAAAAACAAGCUUAAAAAAAAGAAGUCUGAGAAAGAGAAAAAUACUGCUGAGGAGGAGUACGAGGUUGAAAAAAUUGUUGAUUCAAAGAGAAUCAAGGGUAAACUUCAUUACUUAAUACGUUGGAAAGGAUACUCUGCAAACAGUGAUACUUGGGAGCCAGAGAACACCUUAUCAUGCCCUGAUUUAAUAAAUAAAUUCAAUGAAGAGAAAGAGAACUCUAAAAACAAGGAUGACAAGCCAGAUAAAAAAAAUAAUAAGAGAAAAGCCAAGAAAGACACAAAAGUCUCGUCGAAGCGACCUAAAAAUGAUUGGGAUGAUAAAAAUGCUGAUGAAAAUGCUGAGUAUGAGGUUGACCGUAUCUUAGAAGUUCGAAUCAAGAAGAAUGGUAAGAGGGAGUUCUUCAUUCAUUGGAAAGGAUGGUCUAGCAAAUUUGAUUCAUGGGAACCCGAAAGUAAUUUAAAUUGCCAGGAUUUGAUCAAAAAAUUUAUGGAGAAGGUGAGCAAGGCGCGUUCUGUAGAUGCUCGCAAUUUAAGAGUGGCUCCAAUUACUACCAAUCGUUACACGUUGCAAGACCCUUCAUCUGGACGUCGGCUAAGCAAACGGCGGGGUCAGCGACAGAGAGUUCGCUACGACGACGCUGAAUAA